AUGCCUGAGUUUUAUUGUGACUACUGCGACACGGGUCUCACUCACGACUCGCCAUCUGUGAGAAAGACACAUUGCAGGGGCAGGAAACACAAAGAGAAUGUGAAAGACUACUAUCAAAAAUGGAUGGAAGAACAGACUCAGAGCCUAACUGACAAAACAACAGCUGCAUUUCAACAAGGAAAGAUACCUCCUCCUCCGUUCUCUGCACCUCCUCCAGCAGGUGCCAUGAUCCCACCUCCACCCAGUCUCCCGGGCCCUCCUUGCCCUGGUAGGAUGCUAGCGGGGCCUCCUAUGAUGCCAGUGAUAGGUCCUCCUCCUCCUCCUGGGAUGAUGCCAGUGAGACCUGCUCCUGGACUGAGACCACCCAUGAGGGACCACAUGCCAAUGAUGCCUGGGUCCCCAAUAAUGAGGCCCCCUGCCCAUCCCGUGAUGGUGCCCAUGCAGCCAGGAAUGACUCGACCAGACAGAUAA